CAGAGCAGGCAGAUCACUAUGGGAUAGUAAGCCUGCAGGGAGACAAUGUGAUGCCUCUGAUGUUCUGUUAAAAGAGAAAGGAAUCUUUCUGUAUUUCAGUAGUCUAGCACAGCUGGGAGGCAACAUGUUUCUCAGUUUGAGUUGGUUUUGCUGUUUGGCAUUAGUGGGUCUACCUCUGGUAUGCAGUUCCUGUAUUUCACAGUGUAGCUGUUUCUACCAUAACCUCAGUGAUGGGUCUAAAGCAAGGAGUGUUCUCUGUAACGACCCGGAGAUAUCUUCAGUACCAGCGAACUUUCCUUUAGAUACCUCCAAAUUACGAAUUGAGAAGACAGCUAUUAAGAGGGUUCCAAGUGAAGCCUUUCAUUACCUCUCUAACCUGGAGUUUCUCUGGAUGUCCUUUAAUUCUCUGUCGACUGUGAAUGCGGACAGUUUCCGUGGUCUGUACAAUCUAGAGGAGCUAAGACUGGAUGGCAAUGCCCUCACUUAUUUUCCCUGGGAAUCAAUCGUCGACAUGCCUAACCUACGGCUACUUGAUUUGCACAACAAUCAACUUACUUCUAUGCCAUCAGAGGCAAUGGUUUACAUGAAAAACAUCACAUACUUGGAUCUAUCCAGCAAUAAUUUGGUUACUGUACCUUCAGAACUAAUGGCAACUUGGCUGAGUGUGAAGCCAACCCAAGGUGCCUACAUUGACAAUUCAAAAAUUAUUCUAGGCCUCCAUGACAAUCCCUGGUUUUGUGACUGUCGGCUUUAUGAUCUGGUAAAUUUUCUGAAGUCUCCAUCAUCUUCAGUGGCAUUUAUAGAUGCCAGACUGAGAUGUUCUCAACCCGAGAGUCUCUCUGGAGUCUUGUUUAGUGAGUUUGAACCGAGGCAAUGCCAAAUGUCAACAGUACACACUGCUGUUGCCCGAGUAAAGACUCCAGUGGGUAACAAUGUAAUACUCCGAUGUAGCACCAUUGGAGUACCAAUCCCAGAGUUCACAUGGAGAAGAGUUGAUGGAAAACAACUGAGUGGGACAGUGCAACAGGAAAUCUCAAAAGAGGGGAUCAUUUGGUCUAUAUUUAGUAUACCUGCUGUAUCAUAUCAUGACUCUGGCAAAUAUCUCUGCAGAGCAACAAACUUUGUGGGGAGUGCCGAAGCUAUAAUUUCUCUUGUGAUAACGGAUGUUGCAAAAGCCGAAAAUCAAACCACUACCCCCACAAAAAAAACACGGAUUAAGAGACCCAAUGGAGUGGGGAAAGCUGCUUACCAAGAAAAGCUGGUGGCUAGGUAUGUCGUUCCAACCACAACUUCACAAACACCAAACAUUAAGCCCCUUGGUUAUACUGAAAAGUAUGCAGAACUAGAAAAUCAUAGCAUCGCUAAAAGUAGAAUAAAUGGACAGACAUCUGAGCCAAACAGUAGCAAUGGCCCACAGGAUAGGAACAAAACUAAUGUGAGUAGCCUUCCAGCAAACACUUCUUCUCUCCAACAGGAGCUGGAACAAGUGGUUAGGUCGGUAAAGAUAAUUGGGGACACUGAUCAUACAGUUACUUUGACCUGGAGAGCUCCUACAGCUAAAAACACCACAAUUUUUAGUGUCCUGUAUGCUAUCUUCGGAGAAAGGGACAUGCGCAGAAUUAAUGUCGGCCCAAGCAAGAACAGGAUCACCAUUGAUGGACUCAUGCCAAAGACAAAGUACAUUGCCUGUGUGUGCGUCAAAGGGCUGAUCCCCAAAAAAGAGCAGUGCAUAAUCUUCUCAACAGAUGAAGCUGCCAGUGCCAGUGGAACCCAAAAGCUCAUCAAUGUAGUUGUAAUCACUGUUGCCUGUGUAAUAGCCGUGCCCCUGACACUGAUCGUCUGCUGCGGGGCACUAAAAAGGCGCUGCAUAAAGAUGUUUGAGAGAAAGGCAAAAGAUAUCCAAGACUCCUAUGUCACAUUUGAAGCUUUGUCCCCAGGCCCCAAGGCAAAGGGUCUAGAAGGUGAAUAUUUGACAAGAGUCAGCCCAGAAGAGUCUAACCGUCUUCUCUCAGCCAGGUCCAGUCUGGAUUCAGAAGUCACUGUUAAAAUCGAAGGGCAGCCCAAUGAGUAUUUCUGUUGAUAACCACUUUCAUCAUCAGCAAUUAAAAAGGAGUUUUGUUGGCCGUUGAGCAUUUUGCCUGUGUGAGAGCAGCAAUUGCACCAAAUGCAUGAACACAGAUAUGGAAAUGUAUCAGGUUCAUUGCAUUGUUAAUAAGGAUUUUCCUCCUGUUGUAGGUGCUAUUCACAAUAUCGCAAUAUCGGGUAUGAUCAGGUUUUAAACACAAAGCUCUUGCAAUCCUGAGACAAGGCCAUGCACCUAUGAAAUGUUAAAAAGGGAAUAUUUCAAAUUUGUUGACAGUUUUACAGUAAAUAUGGUAACCUUUUUCAGUCCAUAUUGACAUGUAAAAAAAAUCUAAAUUCCCUAUCUUUCAUUUGCUAUGUAUCUGUAAUGUUUUAGAAACUACGAAACCAGUUGCCUCACAUCCAUUUAUUAUGACUUUGGGGGAGAAAACUUAAUGUAAUAUGAAUAAAUAACAAUAAACCAUUUAAAAGACAGGUGUUAUGAUAAUAACAUGUGUUACUGGUACAUAACUUCUCUGAAGUAAAAUGUGAAAUGCAUGGAUUUUAAUUUCAAAGGACAAAUCAGUUAUCAUGGGUUGUAUUCAAUGUGUAUUACUGUGUAUCAUGUAAGUUUCUGUGCCAGGCUCAAUGACCUAUGAACUAAAAUAUGUAUAUAUAUGUUGUUGUCAAAAGUUUACAUACCCUCUAUCUGCAGAAGUGUUAUUUACCAAAGUAUUAAGUGUUAUAAAUAUUGUUUGAUACACUAUACUUACACAGCAAUGAUACCUCUUGUGAGUGUGUUGAACACUCAUUCGUCUCUAACAAGUGGUAGUUAAAAAUCUGGUCAAUUAACUGAGUUAAGGCACAGGGUACCAAUAUUCAUGAAAUUCAACAGCAUUCAUACCCUGACAAUGAAAAUGAAAUUAAUAGCUAGUUGAGGCACCUUUAGCAAUAAUAACCUCUUUUAAACAAUUAGGAUAUCUGUCAAUGAGCUUUUGGCAUGAUUCUUUAGUGAUUGUUGACCAUUCUUCAACGCAAAAUUGUUCCUGUUCAUUCAAAUUCUGAGGGCUUCUCUUGUGCACAACUCUUCAACUCAUACCAAAGAUUCUCAAUCGGAUUUAGAUCUGGACUUUGACUAGGCCAUUCCAGAACCUUGAUUUUAUUCUUCUUUAACCAUCCUGAAGUAGAUUUUGAUGUGUGCUUUGGAUCGUUGUUGUGUUAGAACGUCCAGUUACGCUUUAAACCAAGUUUUGUAACAGAGGGUUUCAGAUGAUUGGCCAGUAUAUUUUGGUAUGCUAUGGAAUCCAUUUUACCAUAUGGAACAAAAUUCCCUGUGCCAUUAGAGGAAAAUCAGCCACAUAGAAGGAUAUUAUGCUUGACAGUAGGUAUGGUGUUCUUUUCUUUGUACACCUCACCAGACUUUCUUCAAAUGUAACAACUAUCUGCGUGACCAAAUAGCUCGAUUCUUGUUUCAUCACUCCACAAAACCUUUGACCAGAACUCAUAUCCACCGUUAAAAUGCCGUUUUGCAAACUUUAAGCGAUUGUCUUUGUGACAUUUUCCUAAGAGUGGCUUUUUCCUUGGCCUGCGACCAUUGAGACCUUCACCAUGCAAUACUCGACCUGUGGUUGAAAUGGAAACCCCAGUCCCACUUGCAGCCAGUUCACUUUGAAUAUCUUUGGCGCUCAUUCUCAGAUUGUUAUUAACCCUCCUCACAAUUCUUCUGCUUGUUCUUCCAGACCGAGGGAGCGUUGUGACAGUACCAUGAGUCUUGUACUUCAUGAUAAUGGAAACAAGAGUUUAAAUUGGGAUACUCAAAUGCUUGUAAAUAAUCUUGUAUCCUUCUCCAGCUUUAUGACAAUAAAUAAUUUUCUGCUUAAAGUCUUCAGAUAGCUCUUUACUUUUUCCCAUAUUGACUUAUUGGUAAUGACAGCAAUGCCUAACCCUUUUAUACUCUCUAAGAAUGUUCACCUACAAUCCAGCAUUAUCUAGACUUUUCUAGAAUUAGGUUCUGCAUUAUCAUAUUGACAUUUCUAGCACCUUGUAGACAAUAAUAUCAUAGCAUCAAAGAGUAUGAAUACUUUUGAAUUAGCAUUUUUGGAGUACUGCAAAAAAAUUACUGAAAUAUAUAAUUGUAGACAUAUAUUUCUUGUAACUUUUUUUCCUCAUCCACAAAAGCAAA